GGGGGGGAAGAGGAAGAGAGCGCGCUGGCGGAGGGAUCGGCGGCUGCCUGGUGCGGAGGGAUCCGUGGGCUGCAGCCGAUCGGCGGGCAUUGGGGAGGGGGCGGUGCUGCGGCUCUGGGCCGGCUGAGGCGAGAAUCCCGGUAGCCAGGCAGCCUCCCUCCUUUCUUCCCUGCCUGCCUCCCGCCUCCCCGACGCGCAGAGGGGAGAGGCACCGAUAGCAGGGCUGAGAUCCGCGUAGAUGGGCGGCCAAACCCGUUGUUUUUUCGAAAGAGGAAGAUAAACCCCAGCUGCCAGAGCAUCGACUUUUUUGUUGGUGUUGCGUUGCUUUGUGAAAAUGGGGCUCGCUUACUCCAGCUAAAUCCUCCCAGCGCCUUAGAGUUGCUACAGCGAAGGACUUCUCGUUUUUUGCAGCAGAGGAGCUACGUUGAUGUUAGCCUCUCUUCUGUAAAAUGGAGAACGAAAUAUUCACACCCCUUUUGGAGCAGUUCAUGUCUAGCCCUCUUGUCACCUGGGUUAAGACGUUUGGACCGUUAGCUGGAAGAAACGGGACCAACCUGGAGGAAUAUGUGGCGCUAGUGGAUGGCGUGUUCCUGAGCGAAGUCAUGCUGCAAAUUAAUCCAAAAUCUGCUAAUCAGAGGAUAAAUAAAAAAGUCAACAAUGAUACAUCACUAAGGAUUCAGAAUUUGUCUAUUUUGGUGAAGCAAAUAAAAACUUACUAUCAGGAGACUUUGCAGCAGUUGAUCAUGAUGUCUUUGCCAAACGUGUUAAUAAUUGGCAGAAAUCCUUUUUCUGAGCCAGGUACUGAAGAAAUAAAAAAACUGCUGCUGCUGCUACUUGGGUGUGCGGUUCAGUGUCAGAAAAAAGAAGAAUUCAUUGAAAGUAUCCAAUGUCUGGAUUUUGACACGAGAGCAGCUGUUGCAGCCCAUAUUCAAGAGGUAACUCAUAAUCAAGAAAAUGUGUUUGAUCUGCAGUGGAUGGAGGUCAUUGUAUUGACACAAGAAUAUGUUGAACCUCUCUUGAAAAACAUGGCAUUACAUUUGAAAAGACUUAUAGAUGAAAGAGAUAAGCACUCAGAGACUAUCAUAGAACUCUCAGAAGAACGGGACUCUCUCCGUUUUCUACCUCAUGCAUCAGCAGCACAGUCACCUUGUGGAUCUCCUGGCAUGAAACGCACCGAAAGCAGGCAGCACCUGUCAGUAGAGCUAGCAGAUGCCAAAGCAAAGAUAAGAAGGCUUAGACAAGAGCUUGAGGAAAAGACUGAGCAGUUGCUUGACUGUAAACAAGAACUUGAACAGAUGGAAGCUGAACUAAAGAGACUUCAGCAGGAGAACAUGAAUUUACUCUCAGAGGCCCGUUCUGCCAGAGUGUAUAGAGAUGAAUUAGAUGCUCUUCGUGAGAAGGCAAUUCGAGUCGACAAACUUGAAAGUGAAGUCAGCCGGUAUAAAGAGAGGCUGCAUGAUAUUGAAUUCUACAAAGCUAGAGUGGAGGAGCUAAAGGAAGACAAUCAAGUGUUGCUAGAAACGAAGACAAUGUUGGAAGAUCAGCUGGAGGGGACACGAGCCCGUUCAGAUAAAUUACAUGAGUUAGAAAAAGAGAAUCUACAAUUAAAAGCUAAAUUACAUGAUAUGGAGAUGGAGCGUGAUAUGGACAGAAAGAAGAUUGAGGAACUCAUGGAGGAAAAUAUGACUCUAGAAAUGGCUCAGAAACAAAGUAUGGAUGAAUCGUUGCAUCUCGGCUGGGAACUUGAACAGAUAAAUAGGACUACUGAACUUUCUGAAGUGCCACAGAAAUCACUUGGUCAUGAAGUAAAUGAACUGACAUCAAGCAGAUUACUGAAGUUGGAAAUGGAAAACCAAAGUUUGCUGAAGACAGUGGAAGAAUUACAAAAUGCAGUGGGUUCUGUAGAAGACAGUAGUUCAAAGAUUCUGAAAAUGGAAAAGGAAAACCAAAGACUUAACAAAAAGCUUGAAGGGCUAGAGAAUGAAAUUAGCCAAGAGAAACAAAGUCUGCAGAACAGUCAAAAUUUGAGUAAAGAUUUGAUGAAGGAGAAAACACAGCUUGAAAAGACACUUGAGGCACUUCGAGAAAACUCAGAGCGACAAAUUAAGCUAUUAGAACAAGAAAAUGAACAUUUGAAUCAAACUGUAGCUUCUCUAAGACAACGCUCACAAAUCAGUGCUGAAGCGAGAAUGAAGGAAAUCGAAAAAGAAAAUAAAAUUCUUCAUGAGUCUAUUAAAGAAACCAGUAGUAAGUUAAAUAAGAUUGAGUUUGAGAAAAAACAAGUGAGAAAAGAACUGGAACAUUAUAAAGAGAAAGGGGAGAGAGCAGAAGAACUCGAGAAUGAGCUGCAUCAUCUGGAGAAGGAAAAUGAAUUAUUACAGAAAAAAAUUACUAACUUAAAAAUUACUUGUGAGAAGAUAGAGGCCUUAGAACAAGAAAACUCAGACCUGGAGACAGAAAACAGAAAGCUGAAAAAGACUUUGGAUAGCCUAAAAAAUCUCUCUUUUCAAUUAGAAUCCUUGGAAAAGGAAAAUUCACAACUUGAUGAAGAAAACUUAGAAUUAAGAAGAACAAUUGAAUCUUUGAAGUGUACAAGCAUUAAGGUGGCACAACUACAAUUAGAAAAUAAGGAACUGGAGAGUGAAAAGGAACAACUUAAAAAAAGCCUUGAACUCAUGAAAGCCUCAUUUAAGAAAAGUGAACGCUUAGAAGUCAGCUACCAAGGUCUAGACACAGAAAACCAAAGGUUACAGAAAGCCCUUGAAAACAGCAAUAAGAAAAUUCAGCAACUAGAAAGUGAAUUACAAGAUUUAGAGUCCGAAAAUCAGACUCUGCAGAAAAACUUAGAAGAGUUGAAAAUCUCUAGUAAGCGCCUAGAGCAAUUGGAAAAGGAGAAUAAGUUGUUAGAACAAGAGACUUCUCAACUGGAAAAAGAUAAGAAACAGUUAGAAAAGGAAAAUAAAAGACUUCGACAACAAGCAGAAAUUAAAGAUAGUACUUUAGAAGAAAACAAUGUAAAAAUUAGCAAUCUGGAAAAGGAAAAUAAAUCUCUAUUUAAAGAAAUAGUUGUAUAUAAGGAGUCAUGCAUUCGCCUGAAAGAACUAGAAAAGGAAAAUAAAGAACUUGUGAAAAGAGCUACUAUUGAUAAGAAAACCCUUGUCACUUUACGAGAGGACUUGGUGAGUGAAAAAUUGAAGACCCAACAAAUGAACAAUGAUCUAGAAAAGCUUGCCCAUGAACUUGAAAAAAUAGGCUUAAACAAGGAGCGUCUCUUGCAUGAUGAACAGAGUAGUGAUGACAGUAGGUACAAGCUUCUGGAGUCAAAAUUAGAAUCCACACUUAAGAAGUCUCUUGAAAUAAAAGAAGAAAAAAUUGCUGCUUUGGAGGCUCGUUUAGAAGAAUCAACAAAUUUAAACCAGCAACUCCGUCAAGAGCUUAAAACAGUGAAAAAGAACUAUGAAGCCCUCAAACAAAGACAAGAAGAGGAAAGGAUGGUUCAGAAUUCUCCUCCAAGAAGUGGAGAAGAAAAUCAGUCUGUCAAUAAGUGGGAGAAAGAAAAUCAGGAAACUACUAGAGAAUUACUGAAAGUUAAAGAUAGAUUAAUAGAAGUGGAAAGGAAUAAUGCUACACUGCAGGCAGAGAAACAAGCACUGAAAACACAAUUAAAGCAGCUUGAAACACAGAAUAGUAAUCUGCAGGCUCAGAUUCUUGCACUUCAGAGACAGACUGUUUCUCUACAAGAACAAAAUACAACUUUACAAACUCAAAAUGCCAAGCUUCAGGUUGAAAAUUCCACCCUUAAUUCUCAAAGUACAUCUCUUAUGAAUCAGAAUGCUCAACUGUUGAUCCAACAGUCUGCACUAGAAAAUGAAAAUGAAUGUGUGCUCAAGGAUCAUGAGGAUCUGAAAUCCUUGUAUGAUUCACUUCUCAAAGAUCAUGAAAAACUGGAACACCUACAUGAACGCCAAGCUUCUGAGUAUGAAUCGCUGAUUGCUAAACAUGGAAGUCUUAAAUCUGCACACAAAAAUCUGGAGGUGGAGCAUAAGGACUUAGAAGAUAGGUACAAUCAGUUGCUGAAACAGAAAGUGCAGUUGGAAGAGUUGGAGAAAGUGCUCAAGAUAGAACAGGAGAAAAUGCUUCAGCAAAAUGAAAAACAUGAAACUGUAGCAGUAGAAUAUAAGAAACUUCGUGAUGAAAAUGAUAGGCUUGCUCAUACAUACAGUCAACUCUUAAGAGAGAAUGAAGUUCUGCAAACUGAUCAUAAGAAUCUGAAAACAUUAUUGAACAAUUCUAAACUAGAACAAACGCGAUUAGAAGCUGAGUUUUCUAAACUUAGAGAACAGUACCAACAACUGGAUAUUACAUCUACCAAAUUAAAUAAUCAAUGUGAGCUGCUUAGCCAGCUUAAAGGAAAUCUGGAGGAGGAAAACAGACAUCUACUAGAUCAAAUUCAGACAUUAAUGCUACAAAAUAGAACAUUACUUGAGCAGAAUAUGGAAAGCAAGGAUCUCUUCCAUGUAGAGCAAAGGCAGUACAUUGACAAGCUAAAUGAAUUAAGGCGACAGAAGGAGAAGUUGGAAGAGAAGAUAAUGGAUCAGUAUAAAUUUUAUGAGCCAUCUCCACCAAGAAGAAGGGGUAACUGGAUUGCUCUGAAGAUGAAGAAGCUGAUAAAAUCCAAGAAGGAUGCUAAUCGAGAACGUUUGAAAUCUGUGACCCUUACGCCUACCCGUUCAGAAUCCAGUGAAGGAUUUCUUCAGCUGCCCCACCAGGACAGUCAAGAUAGUUCUUCAGUAGGCUCAAAUUCUCUUGAAGAUGGCCAGACCCUGGGAACCAAAAAGAGUAGUAUGGUUGCACUGAAAAGACUGCCCUUUUUGAGGAACAGACCGAAGGAAAAAGACAAAAUGAAGGCCUUCUACCGUCGCUCCAUGUCCAUGAAUGACCUGGUGCAGUCCAUGGUCUUAGCAGGAGGACAAUGGACAGGUAGUUCUGAGCAUCUGGAGGGUCCUGAUGAUAUAUCUGCGGGUAAAAGGAGAAAAGAAUUGGGAGCUAUGGCCUUCUCUACUACAGCUAUCAACUUUGCAGCUGUCAACUCUUCUACAGGCUUCAGAUCCAAGCAGUUGCUAAAUAAUAAAGAUACUACAUCCUUUGAAGAUGUAAGUCCACAAGGUAUUAGUGAUGAUUCUAGUACAGGAUCAAGAGUUCAUGCUUCCAGACCAGCCAGCCUUGAUAGUGGCAGAACAUCCACUAGCAAUAGCAAUAACAAUGCUUCACUCCAUGAAGUCAAAGCAGGUGUGGUUAACAAUCAAAGCAGGCCGCAAAGUCACAGCAGUGGAGAAUUUAGUCUGCUACAUGAACACGAGGCUUGGUCUAGCAGCAGCAGCAGUCCUAUUCAGUAUUUGAAAGGUCAUACAAGGUCUAGUCCUGUGCUCCAGCAAAGAACACCCGAAACACUGGAUAGUCGUGGAAAACAGAUCAAAAACGGUUCUCCUGGAAGUGAAGUUGUUACCCUGCAGCAGUUUUUAGAAGAAAGCAACAAAAGUACCUCAAGCGAGAUGAAAUCUGCAAGUGAAGAGAAUCUUUUAGAUGAAGUAAUGAAAAGUUUAUCUGAGUCUGCUGAGCUGACAGGAAAGGAAAAGCUAAGAAAACAGGCAUCUGCUGGUUGUGGUAUUGUGAGGUCAUUAAGUGUAAAAAAUACAGUUGAUUUCUCAGAUGGACGAUCCAUUAAACCAGAACAACUUGUAAGGCCCAGCUUCCGUAAAACUGAAGAUGCCUACUUUACUAGCUCUCCAAUAAAAUUUACAUCAGGCACUCAAGGGAAGACCAAAUCAGUUAAAGAAAAGAUGCAAGCAACUGUAUCACAGCGACAAUCAAGAGAUUGCAAUCCUUAUGCUACCUUACCUCGUGCAAGCAGCGUAAUUUCUACAGCAGAAGGAACUACUCGAAGGACAAGCAUUCAUGAUUUUUUGUCUAAGGAUAUUAGGCAACCUGUUUCAGUUGAUCCAGCGCCAUCCACCGCUGACAGAAGCGUUCCAGCAACAUCUAGUGAGUACUCAGCACAACAGUUAUCCCCUAACGUUUUGCACUGUGUGGCUUACAGAGUAGAUUGUGUUCCACAAAGUGAUGCAGCUAAUACAGUUAAACCACGUAAUUUAGGAUGUAACUUUGAUGUGCCUAAGACUUCAAGGAUGGAAAGGUCAAAUUUUCAUGAGAAAACUUUAAGCACAAAUGUGUUUAAUGAUAAAGUCAGUGUAUCUGGCAAUGAUAGCACAAGAUCAUUUACUGUGGCUCAUCCGUUUUUAUCCCUUAACACUGAAUUAGUUAGUAAUAUAAGUGGAUUGCCUCCAAGGUCUGCAUCAAAAACUGAUCAGGCGAACCUGUCAACAUUUAGAUCUGUACUGAAAAGUCAAGAACAGCCUUCAGCUAAUCAGAAAUCUGAUCAUAGUGACCUACGGUCAGCUCUAACUAGUGAAUUUGCUCCUACCACCUGUGUAAACACUAGUGAGGCUGAACCCCCGCUGCUCGUUUCUGAAGAUAAUAAAACUGUGUGGUAUGAGUAUGGUUGUGUCUGAAAAGAAAAUUGUAUUUUUAAAUAUAUAAUCAUAUAUGACAUAGGAUUUUUUCAAUGUCCACUGGAUUUAUAAAAAAUGUCACCACAAUGAAAAAGUGAUUUGCUUUUAGAUCUAUGGGUUGUUUUUUCUGAGACGAAUGACACAGAGUUCAGCUGUGUACUCUAGCAUGUAUUCGAAUGUAAAAUUGUAAUUUCACUAAAGUUUGCAUGAAACGUUAAUUGCACUGUGUAUAUUUUGCAUGCCUUUAAAAUUCUUUAUAAUACAAGCUAUAUUUAAUUUGUCAUCCAUUACAAAUAUUUUGUUUUUUUCUCCUGUACGUAACUGAAUGCAUGUUAAACCAGUUGCAUGCUGCAUUGCCAAAAGCGGCACAGCGAAUUAUGUAAUUUUUGGUCCAAGACAGUACUUUUCAGUUGUGUUUGUGCUUUCAGAUGCAUCAGUAAUAUGUUGAUUAUGUAUUUGGAGUAGAAACGCAUUUUUUUCCUUCUUUCAAAAAUGCUUCUUUUCAUUAGCAUUUCAUUUAGAGAGAUUUCAGUAUCUCACUCUUAACAUUUCUGCCACGUCCAGUGUGUCACUCUGCACGUGGAACAAGUUAUAGCCCAAUAAUUCAAUGACUUACCUUGCACAACAGAUAUGCAUCCUUGUUCAGAUUAACAUUCAAAUAUUUUAAUAAGUAACUACAAUUAACAUUCAUAAUCCUAAACAUAAAUGAUAAUUCUUAAGAGGUAAACAGUGUGCAGCACUUGCAAUGAUAAAAUGACCCUUUCCACCGUUUCCCUUUCAUAUGCAUUGUUUUUUCCACGUCUGGUGUACAAAUGUGGUGAGGUAUGCUGUUCAGUAGGAGUCAAGUAACACAGUUAUCUGAGACUCCGGGUGAUGUAUGGUAAUAAAAACUUGUACUGAU